AUGUCUUCUCCAAUGUCAAACGACAAAGCACCAUCCAAGUCUCGCACGUGGUCAACCUCCAUCUCAUCUGAGCGCCCAAUCGUCAUUCGAGCCGGCCGUGUGCCCAUAUCUUACAACGCCGCCCUCAAAGCAGUCGUAGACAAAGAUCCAGAGCGCAUCCAGUAUGUCACCGCAGACGAUCGGGAGGUAACUCUGCGUGAGUUUUACGCCUUGUCUCGCAGUGUUGCAAAAUCCUGCCUUCAGCUAGGUUUGGCAAAGUGCCAAGGCACAAGCAUCCUUGGCUUUAACAGUGUCGAGUGGUUCGCCGCUGAUGUCGGCACCACUCUCGCCGGUGGUGUCCCAGCGGGAAUCUAUACUACCAAUAAGCAGGAAAUUGUCUCCUACAUUCUGAACGACAGCAAGUCCCUCGUGCUGUUCGUCGACGAUGAAGAGGCCUUACAGAAGGCCAUCUCUUCCAAGAGUCAGUGUGAUAGCCUCCAAGCUGUCGUAGUUUGGGGUAAUGUUGACCUUUCACGUUUUCCAGAUCACCGCUCCUAUGUAUACACAUGGGACGAGUUUCUGUCUUUGGGCGCCGAUCUCCCCGACGCAGAAUUGGAUGCCCGCAUAGACGCGGCUAAACCUGAAAACGUCGCAAAACUGAUAUACACAAGCGGCACAACAGGUGCUCCCAAGGCCGUCAUGAUCUCGCACGACAACGUUACCUUCACCGUUGAUCUCGUCGCACGCAUUACAGGAGCGUCCGUGGGCGAUCAUAUGGUUUCGUACCUACCGUCCUCCCACAUCGCUGCGAAUUCCAUCGACAUCAUUGGGGCCACACUGUCCGGCCAGACCAUGCAUAUCGCACGGCCAGAUGCCCUGAAAGGCAGCCUCGUGGAAACGAUGAAGAAGGUUCGCCCAACCAUAUUCUUAGCUGUUCCAAGAGUCUUUGAGAAGAUUCAAGAGCGGCUCUCACAAGUCGGUGCCAGCUCCGGCCCCAUUAAAACGGCGAUUGCGAAGUGGGCGAAAAACGUUGGGACGCAGGCCUGUUUAGCAAGAGAUGACGCUGAUGAACUUAUGCCGUGGGGUUACGAGCUCGCGAAUUUCUUGGUCUUUAAGAACGUACGCAAAGCCCUUGGAUUGGAUCGAUGCAGAAUUGUGUUUAAUGCAGCAGCGCCCCUGCAAAAAGCCACCUUUGAUUAUUUCCGAAGCCUAGACUUCCAAAUCUACGAUAUAUACGGUUUGAGCGAGGCCACAGGUCCCAUCACAUGCAGCUAUCCCGACUACCGACGAGGCACUUCCGGUAAGGUAGUUCCAGGGCUUGAAGUUAAGCUUGCGAACGAGGACUCAACUGGUGAAGGUGAGUUAUGUUUCCGCGGGCGGAGUAUGUUUGUUGGAUAUCUCGGGAAUGAAGAAGAAACGGCGAAGACCAUGGACGAAGACGGGUAUAUGCAUUCCGGUGACUUGGGACGUGUGAGCGAAGACGGCUUCAUUACCAUCACUGGGAGGGCAAAGGAUCUCAUUGUGACUGCUGGCGGCGAAAACGUGGCACCGGCGCUGUGCGAAGCGAGUCUGAUUUCUGCUAUGCCAGCCAUUAGCCGAGCGUUCGCCGUGGGAGAUCAACGGAAAUUUGUCUCUUGUCUUCUAGUGCCGUACAUCGAUUCGGACGGUAACCUGAUAAGCCCGGCUUCGAACGUCUCUCCUAAUGUGAAGACGGCAGAACAGGCUACGAGUGAUGCUACUUGGAGUAAAUAUAUACAAGAAGGGUUACAAAAGGCCAACGAAGGUGCGAUUUCCAACGCGGCCAAAGUGAAAAAAUUCACACUUCUCGAUCGGGACUUCACCGUGGAUACUGGUGAGCUGACACCUACAAUGAAAGUCAAGAGGAAGAUUGUUGUACAGAAUUUCCAAGCACAGAUCGAUGCAAUGUACGGAUGA